CAUGAAUCAAAACAUCCAGCAGUCUUCCUAGUUUUCAUAUACAGUCUGAUUUUCAUGGAUUUCUCCCUACUUGAUCUUGUAAGCUCUUCAAUAGCAGGAGCAGUAAUAUUAAUGUUUAUAGUACUAUUCAUGUCCCUCUAUUAUUUCCUAAUCGGUGCCGGAGAUCAUCAUAAACCGCCGGAACCAAGCGGAGCCUGGCCUGUGCUUGGUCAUCUCCGUCUUCUCCGAGGUCCCAAACUUCUCCACGUAGCACUUUCUGAAAUGGCCGAUAAACAUGGUCCAAUUUUCGGCAUCCGUCUUGGACUUCGCCGGGCGAUUGUUGUUAGCAAUUGGGAGUUGGCCAAAGAACUGUCCACCACUCACGACCUAGCUGUGGCAUCACGUCCUCUGUUGCUAGCAGGAAAGCACUUGGGCUACAACUAUGCCAUGUUUGCUUUCUCACCCUACGGGUCCUAUUGGCGUGAGAUUCGAAAAUUUGUGUCCUUGGAAUUGUUGUCUACUCGUCGACUCAACUUGCUCGGGCACAUAAGAAUGUCUGAGACAAAAGCAUCAAUCCAGCAACUUUAUAAGUUUUGGAUGGAUAAAAGAGAUAAUACUAGUGGUUUCAUGGUGGAUAUGAGUCAAUGGAUAUCCGACUUUACCACAAACCUCAUCUUUAUGAUAAUCUUUGGAAAAAGAUAUUCUGGGAAUAAUCUUAACAAGGGUGAAGCUCUAAAGUGUCAAAUGAUUUUUAAAAAGUUUACAUAUUUGAUGGGUGUGAAUGUUGUGGGGGACGCAAUACCUUGGCUUCGAUGGUUAGAUAUUGGAGGUCACGAAAAGGCCAUGAAACAAAUAUUAAAAGAAUACGAUCAUAUAUUGAUGAAGUUUUUAGAAGAGCACAAUGAUAUACGGAGAGAACGUAAUAGUCCUGAUGGUGAUUUUAUGAACCUAAUGAUCUCAAAGCUUAAAGAUGCAAAUAUAGAUGGUUAUGAUGCUGAUACUAUUAACAAGUCUACAUGUUCGGUUUUGAAUGUUGCGGGAGCUCACACCACCGCCAGCAUGCUUACAUGGACUCUUUGCUUACUCAUGAACCACCGACACGUAUUAAUGAAAGUUGAGGAAGAAUUGGACAUCCAUGUUGGCAAAGGAAGGAACGUUGAGGAGUCUGAUAUUCCCAAGUUGGUAUACCUCCAAGCUGUUUUCAAAGAAUCUCUAAGGCUAUACCCUCCGGCUCCACUAGGAGCCCCAAGAGAAGUCCAACGAGAUUGUGUCGUGGGUGGCUAUCAUGUGGCCGCAGGGACAAGGCUCCUUUUAAACAUUUGGAAACUCCAACGCGAUCCUAAGAUAUGGUCGGAGCCAUUAGAGUUUCGGCCAGAGAGAUUCAUGACUACCCAUAGCAACAUAGAUGUCCGUGGCCAGAAUUUUGAACUGAUUCCUUUUGGUACGGGUAGGAGAGUGUGCCCAGGAAUAAACUUUAGCAUGCAAAUGGGGCACUUGGUGUUAGCUAGCCUAGUGCAUUCUUUUCAGCUCUCAAAUCUCAAUAAUAAUAACAAAUUAGUAGAUAUGACCGAAACUGAAGGAUUCACAAUGUCCAAAGCUACUCCUCUUGAACUGAUCAUCACUCCCAAGCUUUCUAGUGAUCUUUAUACAUGAUUCACUGCACAUGUCACUAUAUAUGUGAAGCAUGGAAUAUGAAUGACUUCAAGUUUGGCUUCCUUCGGUCUAGCUAGGUCUUUUUCUAUUGGGUUUAGUUUAUUAGGUUUUAGAUGAAUUUUUAAUAAUAUUUGUCCUUUUUGCUUAUAAU